GCGGGGAGGGGGCUGCACGGGGCGGGAGGCGGCCGCCGGCUUGCGUGCAGGCCUGCGCGCCAGUCCUCCGGCGUCCGGUCACCGAGAGCCCCCCCAGGCCGCGCCAUGGCCCUGAAGGCCGAGGGCGCCGCGCUCGACUGCUUCGAGGUGACACUCAAAUGCGAGGAGGGGGAGGACGACGAGGAGGCCAUGGUGGUGGCCGUAAUCCCGCGGCCCGAGCCGAUGCUCAGAGGGUCUGGAGCCUUCGAUCCACGCCCCGCGAGCUCCGGAUCUUCCGGUGCCCGAGCGCCCCCUCGCCCGGGCCCAGCACGACGGCUUCGAGUGGCCCAGCAGGAGAAGACCCCACCGCCGAGGCCCAGCCUGCUAGAGGCAGGCAGCGAUGGCUGUGAGGAGCCCAGGCAGCAGGUGUCUUGGGAGCAGGAGUUCCUGGUGGGGAACAGCCCGGGAGGCAGCGGGCGGGCACUGUGCAUGGUGUGUGGGGCCGAGAUCCGGGCCCCCUCGGCGGACACGGCACGCGCCCACAUCCUGGAGCAGCACCCUCACACCCUGGACCUGAGCCCUUCCGAGAAGAGCAAUAUCCUGGAGGCCUGGAGUGAGGGGGUGGCCCUUUUGCAGGACUUCAGGGCCGAGCAGCCGUCCCCGCCCCAUUCAGACUCAGGCCAGGAGGUCGAAGUGGACCCAGACUCCGACCCGGACCCCGAAAUGCCAGCAGAGAUUGUCGUUCUCCUCGACUCCGAGGACAACCCCUCCCUCCCUAGAAGGAGCCGGCCCAGGGGACUCCGCCCUCUGGAGCUUCCUGCGGCCCCUGUCCCAGAGCCGGUAAGCAAGAAGCCACGUGGUCAGAGAUGGAAGGAACCCCCUGGGGAGGAGCCGGUCAGAAAGAAAAGAGGCAGACCCAUGACCAAAACCCUGGACCUGGACCCGGACCCGGACCCAGGUGAAGGCGAGGAAGAUCCCCCCUCACCCGGCUCACCCACUGAGACUUUUGCGGCUCCCGCCGAGGUCCGACACUUCACCGACGGCAGCUUCCCCGCUGGCUUCGUCCUCCAGCUCUUCUCCCACACCCAGCUCAGGGCCUCAGACAGCAAGGACUCGCCCAAAGAGGGGAGAGUAGCAGAAGGAGGUCUUCUCCAGCCGGAAAGCCCCUCUCCAGCUCCCCCUCCGGGGCUUCGCGGGACGCUGGAUCUCCAGGUUAUCCGCGUGCGGCUGGAGGAGCCCCCGGCAGUCAGCCUCCUGCAAGACUGGUCCAAGCAUCCCCAGGGCACCAAGGGUGUGGGAGCAGGUGACAGCCCAGAAUGGCCCGUGGUUCUGUCGGAAUCCAGCACCACUGUCGGGGGGCAGCCAGAAGCAGGGAGUGGCCUGUAGGUUCUUUUCAGGGCGGGGAGAGGAGGCUUGUCACCCUUCGGCUUAUCACUCAGAGCUGCCCAGCUCGGCCACCUGAUGGAGAGUAAAACCAGGUGCCAAGGCAGGAUGGAGGAGAGGAAGGUGGGCAGCAUCCGCUAUGACUCGGGGACGCUGGAAAAUGUCUCCCCGAGUGAGGCGUGAGGCCAGGCCCUGAGGGGGACGGGGUGCCGAGGGCUGUCGUGUGGUAGGGCAUUGGGCCUUUGGAGAACACCCACCCGAUCCUUUUGCUGACCCAGACCUCUCUGUCCCCCUGACCUCCUCCCACCUUCUCAGCCCCCCACCAUUCUCCCUUGGCACAGUGCCUUACGCAAGAGGUGGUCGUGACGGUGUUGAACUGAGUCCCACUACCUCGGGGGACGCCUCUCCUCCCCCACCCGUUUCGGCUCCUAAACCAGGAGGCCUCCAUUACCUCUUCUUCCUGCUCCAUCCCUGCAGGUGGCUGAAGUAGCCUACCUGGGGGCUCCGUCACUCACACUCUCCUCUUCACUCCUUCUCCUGUUGUAUAUAUCUCCUUUGUUGACAAUAAAUUAUUUUUUUUUA